AUGUCCGUUGGCGCCAAGAGUAGACGAAGCCAGCUCGAAGACAGCACACAUACCCAUUUCACAGAAAGGGUUCUAGGCAAGGUUCGAGACGUGCUGCGACCAACAAGCCAACCUUCUGCAACUGCACAGCAGACAGAUACCAUACCGUCACUCAGCGAUAGGCUUGCUUCAUUAUCGACAUCUGACACCGACGAAACAGACACUAUUAGUGAAGAGCCUUUCAAGGACCUCACACCUGUACACAUCGACUUCGACGACAAGGAAGUUGAGGACGAGUUCUGGCUGGCCAUCGAUGUUUUCCUAGAGGACUUGUUCUUCGUUCGUCAAUAUGUAAAGGACAUAUGGACUACAUACAAGGAAUCCGUGAUGGAGAACAAUGUUUGCUCGCUGUUGACGAAUACAGCAAUAGACGUCAUUCGUUUAGCUGAGAAAGAGUUUGAUCGGCUAGUCAAGCGGCCCAAACGAUUUCCCGCAGACGUGUUCCCUGUCUGGACGUUGCCGUCGUUGCUGUUCUACAAGCGGACUCCUACGCUGGACACAAAGUUCACGCCUGAGCAAUUUGCAUCUCUGGACCUCAUUAAGCUUCCUCGCUAUGAUUCUGAGGACCAGAGCGACUUUGCGUUGUUCUCAGUCAUGUCAGGGCUCAAAUGGUACCUUCGGUCUACUCGUAGAAGAAGAGAGUUUGACCCCAACCCUAGCAAGCUUGAUCCUACCGUCUUCAAGCAACCCGGUGAGGAUUGGCACCCGUAUCUGCCAAGGGUUGUUGAGAUGUGCCAUCUGAUGCAGUGGCAAGCCUGGGUAAAGUCGGUUGCGGAAGGUAAAUAUGCCACAAUUGCCGAAGACGAGAUCGCGAGAGGGGUCCGCUAUGUGGUGGAACACAAACAGAUUCCAAUCUGGGUACAGUUCGCUGCCCAGACUUAUAUCGACAUACAAGACGUGCUAGGCGAUCGUUUGGAUGCGCCACUCAAGGAGCUCCGGAAUUCCGUGCAGGUGUACGAUACGAUCCUGGACCAAUUUCUGCAGGUCAACUCCGAGGUCGACAGAUACGAGUCUAAUCCUAAAUUUCGAGAAGGAGCUGUCAAGACCAUGAAUGUCAUCAAGCUGAAGAAAGAGACGCUCGGGGCUUGGUUUACGAAGGACGUAGUGAGCCUGCCCUUGCCGUCGGUCCGACAUCCUUAUCUAUCGAGACUCGAGCAUGAGGAUCAUGUAGUACUACGUCGACAUCCACUAGGUUGUGGAGUAUUCCAGUACAACAUGUUUUUGGAUCUACAUGAGUACGGUCUUCAGCUUGAAAAAGCUACGAACUGUAUCCGACCCAUGGUAUAUCUCUAUGCAGCUACUCGGUUGCUGUGUAAGGAUUCUCCGACAUGGCCCGACAUGGAACUGCUCAUCUUCCGCCAGGAUCCUAAGAGACUAUUCUAUGGCCACGAGAGACCAGCGAGCUAUCAUAGGACCUUCGAGUACUUCGUACGGGCAUGUAACACGCCCAUCACAUCGCUGUACUUUACUGAUCCUAGUAUGUUGACCGACAUUUUCAUGGACCGCUUCGAUCAUCAAGUGAGGGACAGCGAAGAGAUCGAUUUGGUAGUCUCCAAGUGGGCGACACUGAUGAGGAGCGAAGAAGGCAUGCGGCGUCUACUUCGUCAAACAAACGUCAAUCCAUCGGAAUACACUGCUGCCAUGCGAUCACUACAGGUGCAAGCCAAGAACAACAAACCAGAUGAAAUCCUCAGUCGGUUGAGCCCGUGUAUAGAGGCAGAUGCUAUUGAUCUGCACUUUGACUGGCUGACUUUGCAUAACACGUGCGCUCGUAUAUGGACAAGGCUAUACACCAAGCUCGCAAGUUCCAGACGCGCGGGCGUGCUAUCAUUUGACCUAAACCAGUUUCGCAACACUUACCACCCGCAGGCUAGUCUGGUCGCGCAGAUACUUCUCGAUGCCGUCCAUGCAUACAACACUGUCCAGAACCUGGAGCUUAGGGAUAGCUCGUGUAGGUAUGGAGCCGGCAUUCGAGACGCCACUUCUGUCAUACAGGAGAUGAUACAAAGGCCCAUGAGUUCUUCGCCACAUGGACAGAUCAUGACUGGCGAUUGUUCUAUUGCUAGGACAAUGGACCAGGCAUCUCAGCAAGGUGUAUACUAUCCAGGCAUGUUCUACGAAAGGCUCGGACCGAUGAACAUCAAUAAGCUGUAUCGCGGCUGGGACAAGAAGAUAAUGCGGGGUCUUCAUUCGACAAAAUUAGUCAAACUUUCGGAUGCGAAGUACAAAGCUUUUGUGGCGAGGAGAGAGGUUGAGCUUCGCAGGCAACACGAAAGGCUGAUGGAGGAGUUUUUGCAAGCUAUUGAAGUGGUGCGUGGGCAAGUUGACGGGGAGGAACUCUGGCAAGCUGAACAGAUUAACCCUGAGCAAAUUGAACGAAUGUAG